AAACACGUCCUUCUUCUGACGCCUCACUGUUUUGGUGUCUGCAGCAGCAGAGUGUUGGUUCUUGCAGGAUCCGCCCUACUUGUCUCACCAAAGCUAACUGUCAUUACAGUGCCAAUCAGGUAGAAGAGAAGAAGAAGAGUAUUCCAAGCCUAUACGCUCGUUCGCUGCCAUAGUGCAGCUGCUCCAGAACCCUGAACCAUGGACUUUGAGGCGAACGGAAGACAUCACGCAAAGGUCCGCUCCAGCGUGAGCGGGGGUGAAAACUCUAUUGGCAGAACUGCUCGCCUGCGUAGUUCCAGUCUGGGCCGCACCGCUUCUACAGACUCCGAGAGUAUGCGGGACAUCUUGGAACACAUUUCAGUGUCGCAAGCUGCCUUCGAAGAUUCCACACGACUUCGCCGCUUCUCCUCGUCCGAUAAUCCCUGUGGCCAUCACCUGAGCGAAACACCACACACCACCAUCCUCAGUUACAGCAAGUUGAUAAUAUGCAUUCUCCUGCUAAUUGGCGGACUAGGCCUACUUCUGUUAUACUUGUCGCGAACGUCUUCGGAGCGCACCACCGUCUUCAUCCAAGCGAAAUGGAGCCGCUACCGGGGUUUCAAGAACAGCUUCCAAGGACGGCCUGUGUACACUUUUCUGGGCAUUCCAUUUGGUGAGAACACUUCGGGCGAAAAUCGGUUCCGGAAGGCCAAUUUGGUCGUGCCUUCUGGUACGGUUGAUACCACCAGACAGAAACCGUCCUGCACGCAGCUGCCCCUGACAAUAUUGCACAAGGAUUAUAAAGAGAGCGCCAUGACAUCAGAGGAUUGCUUACACUUAAACCUGUGGACUCCGUCGCUACCCUCUCCUACGUACAACCCCAAUAAAACUGUACUGGUUUUCUUGAACGGGUGCGCUUUCAAAUGGGGUUCGAACGGACACUACGACGCCACGCCACUGAGUUCCCUCGGGGACAUCAUCGUCAUCGUACCAAACUACAGACUCCACGUUCUCGGCUUUCUUGGCGAUGGCUCUGACGAGGCUCCGGGUAACUUGGCACUAUACGACCAAGAUUUGGCGCUGCUAUGGGUCCGCGAGAAUGUUAAAUAUUUUGGUGGCAACGUCUCUUCGCUUGUACUGCACGGCUACGAAGCUGGAGCUGUUUCCAUUGGAUACCAUAUGCUCUCUCCCAUCGAAAGUUGGGCGAAGACAUCGAGGAGACUUAUUCUGCAGAGCGGAUCGCCACUGCGUCUGUACAAGGAAAAUACGGACCUGGAAACAGUGAUGCACGUUCUGGGGUGUGGCGAAUGGGGUUGGCCUUGCUUACGACAGUUGGAAGAGAAUAUCUUCAGGGAGGCUAACGUCUACAGACAUCUUGACUUUAGUCCACGUUUUAACUCGAAGUUCCUGCCCUACUUCGGACCGGCGCACAUGAUACAAGCAAUGCCGAUUAAAAAUAAAGAGGUACUGCUUGGCAACGUAGCGAAUGAAGCCAGCUUCACGGUCGAGCUGUUCAAGCUGCAGAAGAGCCACGUCCAUGAGUUGAUUGGUGAAUCCUCAAUCGCUAUCUUCCUCAAAGGCGAGCUCGUCAGAGCAGGGGUGACUGAAUUCGACGCCGUCAGAGCGUUGUACGCGAAUGACUCAGUCUGGGCCAGCGACGCUGCCGGUGGCGUCGCCAGGGCUAUAUUUGCCGACGCAUUUUUCAACUGCCCCGUGCAGUAUUGGGCAGAGCACCUGGCGUCGCAUGGCAGCACCGCCUACAGGUAUCUGUGGACACACAAGCCAUCCUUUGGACCAUGGGCACAGAGGAUUUUCGGUCCGACUCAGUACGACGACCUGGCCUUUGUGUUUGGCAGUCCGCUGCUCAAUGGUUUCUCCCAUACCGACGAGGAGGAGCUCAGUCGACGAACAAUUGAAAUGUUCAGUGGUUUCGCCAAAACCGGCGUACUCCCUCGUGUGAACGAAACGCAGUGGCCGGCGUACAGUAAAGUCGACCCAGUGACUGUCGAUAUUGGACUUCGGGACUUAACUCUGAAGCCUGCAUACCGCACCAGUGAAUGCUCGCAACUCCGAAAAUAUCUUACCCGAAAAUGAUCGAUUUCCCACUGACAAUAGUAUUCUGCAACCCAAUCUCCCAUUGCAAGCAGUACGCUUCAUAACAGCUGAUAACUCGUUCGCCCAGAACAGGUGCUUGCAAUCUAUGGAACGAUAUUCUAUUAACACUGCAUUCAUUCAUGCGCGUCUGUCGAUGCUUUCGUUGUCAAGUUUUACUUCGGUUUUAUAAGAAUUACAACCUUACAACAACCAA